AUGAUUCCAAUUGUAUCAUUGGGGAAAUUGGAUAACAAUUGUUCUAAUUUUUGCACGGACGUUCCAAUUAUGUCUGGUCCUCUGCCGCCUGGUGAAUAUCUAGAAAGCGAAUUUAUAUUAUCAUUGUCAUAG